CCCUCUAACCCCGGUUUAGGUGUGAGGGGUGUGUGCGUAUGAUCCUUGCCCCUGUGAGUGUGGGUGUGUCGUUGGAGGGAAGGGAGUGUGAUACCGCACACUGCAGUCCUUUCUCUACCGAGCCCUCCUUCCAUUCUUUGCGCAGAACUCCCCCUUCUCGCUCUGAAUCUCUCCUUUUGGGGCAGAGGGAGGGAUUCUCCCAGAUUCCCACGGUCCAGCCUUCUGCUAGGCGCGGCUCCUUUAAGACUCGCCCUUUCCCGGGUCUGUUAAGGCGAAGGGGGGGGGCGUGAUCCUGUGGGCCCGCCCCUGGUUGGUGAUUGGUCGGAGGGCGGCCGGGGGCGGGCCCGAGGGUGAGGUCCUCCCCGCUGCUCGGUACCCUCCGCCCCCCGGUCUGGGGCUCCGGGUAAAGUUUCAGCCUCCGCACGUGACUCGCCAUGGCCGCUGCUUUCGCCCCGCGCCCCUGAGCCGCGGCCCCCCAAACCGCUCCUCUCCCUGGACCCCGGCAACCCCUGACGCCGAGCGGCUCCAAGGCUCAGGGUCAGGGCAGACGCCGUGCUCGCGGGCGACCCGGACGGAUUGCUUCCCUCCGCUGCGAGCAUCACAGGACAUGGCCUCCCCAGCCACCUAGCCGGGGCCCACCUAGGAGAGGGAUCCUUUCAGCGUCCUGAAGGCCAGCUCUGGACCUUCCUGGGAAAGUGCCAGCUCACAGAACUGCUUGACCAAAGGACCGGCUCUUGGGACGUCCCCCAGCCCACCUGGCCCCCAACUGGAGUCGGGGCUCCAGGAGGCCGAGAUCAGCCUGCUAGCCUUGGACCGCAGCUCCAGGACAGAAGGGGGGGGUGGGCUGACCACCCAAACCCCCUCUGGGCCCAGGCCCCAUGACCCGAGGAGAGGCGGCCUGAAGCCUGCCAGAGCCUUCCGCCAGACUGUCUGCCUGCUCUUCUGACUGUGGCUGCUUGGCAUGGCCAGUAACAGCAGCUCCUGCCCGACACCUGGGGGCGGGCACCUCAAUGGAUACCCGGUGCCCCCCUACGCCUUCUUCUUCCCCCCCAUGCUGGGGGGACUCUCCCCACCAGGCGCUCUGACCACUCUCCAGCACCAGCUUCCAGUUAGCGGCUAUAGCACGCCAUCCCCAGCCACCAUUGAGACCCAGAGCAGCAGUUCCGAAGAGAUAGUGCCCAGCCCCCCCUCGCCACCCCCUCUCCCCCGCAUCUACAAGCCUUGCUUUGUCUGUCAAGACAAAUCCUCAGGCUACCACUAUGGGGUCAGCGCUUGUGAGGGCUGCAAGGGCUUCUUCCGCCGCAGCAUCCAGAAGAACAUGGUGUACACGUGUCAUCGGGACAAGAACUGCAUCAUCAAUAAGGUGACCCGGAACCGCUGCCAGUACUGCCGGCUGCAGAAGUGCUUCGAAGUGGGCAUGUCCAAGGAGUCCGUGAGGAACGACCGAAACAAGAAGAAGAAGGAGGCGCCCAAGCCCGAGUGCUCCGAGAGCUACACGCUGACGCCGGAGGUGGGGGAGCUCAUCGAGAAGGUGCGCAAAGCGCAUCAGGAGACCUUCCCUGCCCUCUGCCAGCUGGGCAAAUACACUACGAACAACAGCUCAGAACAGCGUGUCUCUCUGGACAUUGACCUCUGGGACAAGUUCAGUGAACUCUCCACCAAGUGCAUCAUUAAGACUGUGGAGUUCGCCAAGCAGCUUCCCGGCUUCACCACCCUCACCAUUGCGGACCAGAUCACCCUUCUCAAGGCUGCCUGCCUGGACAUCCUGAUCCUGCGGAUCUGCACGCGGUACACGCCCGAGCAGGACACAAUGACCUUCUCGGAUGGGCUGACCCUGAACCGGACCCAGAUGCACAAUGCCGGCUUCGGCCCUCUCACGGACCUGGUCUUCGCCUUCGCCAACCAGCUGCUGCCCCUGGAGAUGGAUGAUGCUGAGACAGGGCUGCUCAGUGCCAUCUGCCUCAUCUGUGGAGACCGGCAGGACCUGGAGCAGCCAGACAGGGUGGACAUGCUGCAGGAGCCGCUGCUUGAGGCACUGAAGGUCUAUGUGCGGAAACGGAGGCCCAGCCGCCCACACAUGUUCCCCAAGAUGCUGAUGAAGAUCACAGACCUGCGAAGCAUCAGUGCUAAGGGGGCUGAGCGGGUGAUCACGCUGAAGAUGGAGAUCCCGGGCUCCAUGCCACCUCUCAUCCAGGAAAUGCUGGAGAACUCAGAGGGCCUGGACACCCUGAGCGGACAAGCGGGGGGCGGGGGGCGGGAUGGGGGCGGCCUGGCUCCCCCGCCCGGCAGCUGCAGCCCCAGCCUCAGCCCCAGCUCAAACAGAAGCAGCCCGGCCACCCACUCCCCGUGACUGCCCGUGCCCCGUGGACACAGCCCUCGCCCCGUGCCCUGGCUUUUCUCUGCCUUUCUACCAACCAUGCGACCCCCGCCAGCCCUGCCCCCCACCCGUCCUCCCUUCCCUGGGGGACCGGAGGGAGGCGGCGGCGACUCUUCGGACAGAGGCCCGGGCCUGCGAUGGACUGCCCGCUCCUGCAGAUGUCAGGGCUGACAUCGGGGGCAAGGACUGAGUGAGGACCCCUGGUCCCGGGCCUCAGGAUGGGGCCCAGGGGCCUCGUGUUCAUCAAGACACCCCUCUGCCCACCUCUCCACAUCUUCAUCACCAGCAAAUGCCAGGACCUGGCUCCCCCAUCCUCAGAACUCGCAAGCCAUUGCCCCCCCGUUGGGGAACCCCCCUGCCUCGGUUGGUGACAGAGGGGGUGGGCCGGGGUGGGGGAUCCCCCCUGUACAUACCCUGCCGUACCAACCCCCAGGUAUUAAUUCUUGCUGGUUUUGUUUUUAUUUUAAUUUUUUUUUUUUUGGUUUUGAUUUUUUUAAUAAGAAUUUUCAUUUUAAGCACAUUUAUACUGAAGGAAUCUGUGCGGUGUAUUGGGGGGAGCUGGAUUCAGAGCUGGAGGGGGGUGGGUCCUGGGGGAGGGGAGUGGCUCAGAAGGGGCUCCCCCUCUCUAAGUCCCUGUGCCCCCUAAGCCCUCCUCCCCAGCCUUUUCCUCAUCAGUUUUCUCUUUAAAACUGUGAAGUACUAACUUUCCGAGGCCUGCCCUCCCCUCUCCCUCUGCCUAACCACUGGGCGUGGACAGUUUCCCCGGCAACCCCUGGAAGGAGGGGGCUCCCCCAAGAGAUGGGGCAGGGGCAAAGCAAGGGGGCCUCAGAACAUAAAGGCGUGUGUUUCUCAGCCUCGUGUCCUUGGCAGGGCUGCCUCCCCGCCAGAGCCCACAUCAUCGAAGCCCUCCAGCCCCACCCCGCGCCCCGUGAAGGCGCUGGCCAGGGGGUCCGAGCUGCCCCUGCCCCCCAGCCUCACAGCCACCAGCACCGCCCGCAGGGCCCCCAGACACACACACACACACAAACACACACAGUGGACAGACGGGCCGGCAGACACUUGUGGCCUGAGUUCCUCCAUUUCCCUGGCCUACCCCACCCCCGUGCCCCCUCCUUGCCCCGCAGGACGGGCCUACAGGGGGCCCCCUCCCGUCACCCCUGCACCCCCGGGUUGGGGGAGCUGGCUCUGCCCUGCCCUCCUUGCCCCGGGGUUGGGGUCUCAUCCCCCCAGAGCCCGCUGGUGCACCUGUUACUGUUGGACUUUCCACUGAGAUCUACUGGAUAAAGAAUAAAGUUAUAUUUAUUCUA